AACUUGAAUCAGAAGUAUUCACAUUUUGGUGAUGCAGGAGUUAGCAAAGACGGCCAAAUUCGCCACUUCUUUCAUCGACCUUCAAAGGCAUACACGACAGGGACGAGGAAACGAAGGAAGGUCCACACCGAUGAGGAUGGAAGCGAGACAAGAUGGCACAAAACAGGCAAGACCAGGCCUGUCUUUGCCGGUGGAACAGUAAAGGGUUUCAAAAAGAUCUUGGUUCUCUACACCAACUAUGGCAGGCAAAGAAAACCUGAGAAAACAAACUGGGUGAUGCACCAAUACCAUCUUGGCGACAAUGAAGAAGAGAAAGAUGGAGAAUUAGUGGUCUCAAAGGUUUUCUACCAAACACAGCCUAGACAAUGUGGUUCGAGUAUUAAGGAUUCCUUUGUCGAAGACAAACAAUUGAUGACGAAGAACCAAAGCAUCGGCCAUGAUCAUAACAACAAUAUUCCUAUGCCUAAGAACGCAGCUCUUGUGGAGUAUUACAAUCCUAAUUCUUUCAUCAACUAUGAUCAUCACCAGGGGGGGCAUAAUAGGGAAAUCUCACCACAACUAAUUCCUAAUCUGGUUGUCCAGGGUGAUGGGUCAUCUUUUAUUCGAAUAGCUUCAGAUGCAAGCAAAGGAAAGUUUGAGAGAAAAUAGUGAUGGGGGAGCUAGCUUCUGGUGGUGGUUGUUGCUGUUGCUGUUGCUGUGUAAUAUUAGUCAAAUAAGUUAUAUAUAUUGGAUUGAGAUUACAAUGAGGACAAGAGGGGAAAGUAAGGGGAAUAAUAAGAUAAUGGCUCAAGUAUUUCCAAAUUGGGUAUGGAAAAUUUGGCCAAUGUUGUUGUUGUUGGAAGUUUCUUUUGUGCAGGCCUAGCUAAGGAAUAUGUUGGGAAAGUGACGUAAUAUUUUAGGAAUGUACAGAUCGAAGGUGAUGAUCGAUGCCUACAAACAUCGAUCCGUACGUAUGAUAGGGUUAGUAUUUAGUUUCAUCAUUACUUUGUUCCUCUCAUGGAUCAUGAGGAACUUUUGACUCAAUUGAUGAUGAUGAUACCGCUUUGUUGGAUUUUCGUUGUAGAUUUCCUACAAAAGAGAUUAUUCUUAACUUUCUUGUUUGUGUGUAAGCUUUUUGUUUCA